AUCGAUUCCACACGCUGCAUGCAUGCUUUCAUGAGCCAUCCAUUUAUGUGUCUGUUCCAUCCACUGUCUGUUCACGCUCUUUGUCUUUGUCUGGUAUUCAUUUGUGUGCGUCUUUGUUUGUCUGUUUGUUUGUCUCAUCCUCGUUCGCUCACUUGCGGCCUGAGGCAAAGGCAUCCACAAAUACAACAUGUACAUUGCAUGUUGUCUGCUGCCAUUACUUCCUGUCUACCGCAUACGUACCUCUGUUGGCUGAUUUGCGGUAGUUGUUGGUGCGUUUGGCCUUGUGAGGGCUGCGCUUCUUGGCCGCCGUCUGCUCGCCCUCUCGCUUUUCCUCUCCGUCCGCGACAGCAUCCACCAUCUCACACUCUACUGCACACAUCCAUCCAUCCAUCAAAGUAGGACACACACCACAUACACAGCUGGUCUCCCCCCCUGUGUGUGCGUGUGAAUCACCUGUCUUGCCGUAUUCGAUGAGCUGGGCCACGGUGUACGUGCGGAAGAUGACGUCGGGCGGGGGUCUGGUCGGCAUGGUCGCGAGGAUGCUCAGGUAGCUUUCGAUCGUCUGGCAGCUCUUCUCGACCUUCGUCGUCGGCACCACCACAAUCUCAGCACGACGCUCAUACACUGACACCGAACGCUGCACACACGAAAAUGCACACCGACACACUCUCCUCCCUCCCUUCCCCCCUCCCUCCCUCCCUCCCUCCCAUGUGCCUCUUGUUUGUCCGCUCUUGACGUCACCUGUGUGUGAUCGAUGGCCGCGUCUGUGUCUGCCGUGUGCUUCUUGUUGGCCUUGAUGGGUGUGAAUUGGCUGGGCGGGUUGGCAGUGAGGAACCAAGGCAGAGACGAGACACCACCACCACCACCAGCAGCAGCAGGGGACUCAGUGACGGCAGUGGUCGUCGACGGCAUGAAGACCGGCGCGAAGGGGUUGAGGCGAGACGACGCAAGCUGAUGCGACAACGAAGCGGAACUCUCCCUGCACAAUCACACCAAAAACAGUAGCCCAUCAUUGCUUGAUUGACUGAUUCAUUGAUUUACUUGCGGUAGGGGCGGAACGUCGGCACAGAGAGAAUGAUGGGCUUCAUGACGGCUGCUUUGCUUUGCUUGCUUGCUUUGCUUACAGAGGAAUUCACAAUCGACCGGUUUGCUUUUGCUUGUCGUGCGUACAGUACACACAUGAAUUCGAUCCGGGACGCCCAGCUCAAGUGUCCCGUGUGCAACCAGGAGGCCCACUCUGCCAGCACAGUCGACGCCAUCCGAACAGCCGCCUGAUCGGCAGCACACCACAUAGAUAGACAGACCACCCACAAGCGUGGACAGACCUGAGUUGUAGCUCAUGCGCCGAUGGCCUGCAUCCAGUCAUGGCUUGUAGAUGCGUACCUCUAUGUUCUCUCAGACCCCUUCAUUCAGCUGCAUGCUUGCUUCAUGCACCUGUGUGACUGACCCUCCAGCGGUGUUCACGUCACUCACCGUCCAUGUUUAUAGUCUGUGAAUACUAUGUACUUUGCAAGUACUUUGCUACCGUCCAUGAAUUCAUUCAUUGUCAUUCAUUCCAUACUUUGCAUACCGAUACCGAUAUACAGUAUGUGCGCAUGCUGUGUGUUCUGCAAUGAGAGAUCUCCAUCAGACAAGCC